AUGGUGCCCAAGCCCGGUUCUACACGUACCUGUGGCUUUACAAUUCCAGAGGAAACCAGUUAUGGUGCACUGAAUGACACAGUGUAUUGGGGUAGAAGUCCAGAUAUCACUCAAGACGUAGGUUUUAAUCACCCGGGACCAUGCGAAGCGUGGUGCGACGGGAACCGAGUUCAACAGGAUAUGACAUGCGAUCUGACUUAUGCUGCCGCUUCGGGCGCAUCUCCUGUCCCGAUCGACGUUUCGCUUUGCAUAGACGCCAAGACUUUUACUAUCUUCUGGAUUGCUAUGCAUGGCGAGCUUUGGCAAGUUUACAUUAACUGCGUCAGCAUCAACGUUGAAAUCGGAACUGUGGAUUCCAGCGUUUCGACGAAGACAAAACCGGCUCCGAUUACCUCUAAAACCACGCCAACGGUCCCACAGGCGACACCAUCGACUUCAUAUGAAGAUCAAAAUCAAGAUCAAAAUCAAGAUCAAAAUCAAGAUCAAGAUCAAGAUCAAGGAACCACACCAGCGGCGUCACCGGCAAGUCAAGACAGCGGUAAGGAAGCCACUUCGGACACUCCUGAAGUUAAGGUAUCGAGUGUCCCAGCACCGACACCUACUCCUGCACCAAAACCAAGUACCGAAACCAGCGAUGUGAAUGAUACCCCAACAAGUCCGAAGUGCUCUCGUCGCCGCAUCCGCAAGUAG